AUGGCGGCGGCGGGGCCGGCGGGCGAUGGAGGGCGGCGAAGCGGGCGGCGGCCUCCUGCAGCAGAUCCUCAGCCUCCGCCUCGUGCCCCGCGUGGGGAACGGCACCACCACCUACUCCAGCCCUCUCUCCACCUUCCCAGAGAUGUGGUAUGGCGUCUUCCUCUGGGCCCUCGUCUCCUCCCUCUCCUUCCACGUCCCGGCUGCGCUGCUGGCGCUGUUCACGCUGCGGCACCACAAGUACGGCCGGUUCAUGUCCGUGAGCCUCCUGCUGAUGGGCAUCGUGGGACCCAUCACCGCCGGCAUCCUCACAAGUGCUGCCAUUGCUGGAGUUUACAGAGCUGCGGGCAAAAAAAUGAUUCCCUUUGAAGCCCUCAUUUUAGGAGUGGGCCAGACAUUCUGUGUGGUGGUGGUCUCAUUUCUACGGAUUUUGGCCACUCUCUAAGCUCUCCUUCAGUCCUUGGAGACCACAGACCCAAGGAGGAGCAGAGGAUCUACCACCCACCCUGUCUCUGGAACACAUGGUUAAAGGCCCCCUGAGGGCCUGCUCCUGCCUCCAGCCUGGCUUGAAAUUAAGCUACAAACUGUGAAUUUUGUUACUUUUUGGUAACAUUAAGUGCCAUGUGAAACUUUUCUGUCCCUGGAGCAUAGGAAAAGGGCUGCUGGAGGAGGAGGAGGGCCACCUGCCUUUUACCAGUGAUGAACUGUUAGCAACAGGAGGUAACACAAGUGUGACGUGGACCCUUCUGAGGUAGAAACAGCACUUGAGACCUCAGAGCUUUGGCCUCCUGCUGUUUUGCCUGCAGGUGAACCUGCAGUUCUUUUAAUGUGAUUUGUUUUAAAGUGAGAAAAUGAAUUUGUUUCAGGCCCUUGGUCUUAGGGAAAGGAAAAAUGGUUUUAGAGAGCUGAAAGUGUGAAUCUGUGGCUGAGAGCUGUGCCUGGGAAGGCUGUGGCCACAGGCUCUCCUCAUGAAUUGCUUUAGUUUCAGUGACUCUUCACUAACUUCUGGCUCAGCCCUUUUGCCUGGAGGUGUGCAAUGCUUCUGGGGGCUUGGUUCCUCAGAGCCUUGGGAGGAGCUGAGGUGGAAUCCCAAGUGUGCAGCCUGCCCUGUGGCUUUGCUCUUCUUGGGUAUUUCUCAGCAGCUGCUGCUCAUGGGGGCUGCUGGGGGAAGGCACCAUCUGCACCCAGCCUCCCAGCACACAUCCCACCGUGUGUUUGCUGAGCUCCUCUGAUUCCCAAACCACUUCACCUUUUGUACCUGUCACCUGUGCUCACCCAGGGCUCCGUGUUUCUCAUGAACAAGAAGUUCUCUCGAGGUACAAACUUCUCUGGAGUGGUCUGAUGACAGCUGAUGGCAAGAGGUGGUUUCAGGGGUGACUUAACUGAGAUCACUCAAAGUUUUAGCCCUUGUUAAUUCAGGGAAUAAAUCUGUGUAUUUUAGGAAAACUUUACUGUGAAUCUUUCCCCUUAGAUAGGUGAGGUCCAAGUGGUGUAACUGUACUAAAGCCUGGACUUUGGAGGGCCCUGGGUGCUGUACUGCUUGCAGAGAGCCAGUCUUCCUAUGGCAGCAGACCCCAGAGAAAGGUUGGGCCUCUCCUUCCCUCUUUGCUCCUGCCUCUGGUGAAAAAGCAGGAGUCCUGAUCAUUCCAGAUGGAUUAGAAGGGCUCUGGGCAGUAGGUGGAGAGAAGUUCUGCUCCACCUCUUCUCUGCCCUUGUGAGACCACAUCUGGAAUAUUGUGUCCAGUUCUGGGCCCCUCACUUCAAGAGGGACAGAGAGCUGCUGGAGAGAGUUCCACGCAGGGCCACAAAGAUGAUGGAGUGGAGCAUCUCCCUUGUGAUGAAAGGCUGAGGGAGCUGGGGCUCUGUAGCUCGGAGGAGACUGAGGGGUGACCUCAUUCAUAUUUACAAAUCCAUAAAGAGUGGGUGUGAGGAGGAUAGAGCCAGGCUGUGCUCAGUGAUGGCCAAUGACAGCACAAGGGGCACAAGCUGGAACAGAAGAGGUUCCAAAGAAACACGGAGAAAAACCUCUUCCCUGUUGAGGUGAGGAAGCCCUGGAAGGGGCUGCCCAGAUGGGCUGUGGAGUCUCCUCUGGAGACAUUCAAAGCCCACCUGGAUGAGUUCCUGUGUGCCCUACUCUAGGUGGUGCUGCUCUGGCAGGGGAGGUGCACUGGAUGAGCUUUUGAGGUCCCUUCCAGCCCUUGAGAUUCUGUGAUUGUGGCAGUUCCUCAGCAGCAGUGGCAUCUGGGCUGCGAGGAGCUCAGAACAAAGAAACCAACCAAACUGGGUGAGUGGAAACCCUCCUGCUUUCUACCUGUUGUAAUCUCCCAAAGUCUGUUUCCAGGAGGGUUCUGCAUUACCUGAGGAGCUGGCAGGGUGGCUGCUGUUGGGAAGUUGAGUGAUCAGACCUGGGGCUGCUCCUCUCUGCUGGGGAGCUGUGAUAUUCAGGGAGUUCUCACAUAAAAGGUGAACAAUCAGCCACUGACUUCUGAUGAGUAGUUGCACUGGGGGUGAGCUGUGUGUGUCACCUUGGUUCUCCCAGACUCCUCCACUCCCCUGGCUGCCUUCCCCACCUCCCUCCUGUAAAAGCAGAUCCAAGUGGGAAGGAAGAGGAGGAGGCUGGAGGGGAUGCACAGAUCCAUCACUGCUGGCGCUUCCCCUGCCCCACUGCAUCGGUUUGGUCUCCCCUUUGUGUUCCUUAUCCUCAGGGAGGCCAGCAGAGGAAUCCCUUCAGUUCCCAGCAGGGGGUGGUGGACUUUCCUCAGGCAAAAUUGCCAAAAACUGCAAAGAGCUUGCAGAAGUGUGAGCACUGAGGUGUGUGGGGCUGGGCAGUGAUGCAAGCCCUCAGCCAGGGAGCUCAGGCAGGGAAACCCCUUGGAGGGAAGGGCCUGCCCUGGAGAAGCACCACUGCGUGUGCUGAGGCUCGUGGCCCUCUGCUUUGUGUGUGUGUGCAGCUCCUGUGCAGGGCUGCUUCAGGUUACCACUGUGUCCUCUCUUGGUCCUGAUCACUGCAGUUAGGAACAAACCUUUACCUGAUAGAGAACUGUAAAGUUUCUUUUUCUCCUGGCACAUCUAGUGCUGGUGAUCAAUAAAUCUGUACUGAGCGA